UGGGGGCUGUGGCGGCCGCGAGAGUGGCGGGUCGGGGAGGGGGGUGUGAUUUUUCGAAGUGCUGGUGGGAUCGAGUGGCUGAGAGUGAGCCGCGCGCGCGAGGUACGGGCCACUCGGGCAGUGGUGAGUCCCCUCACUAUAGUUCCCGCGAUGGCAUGUAUAGGAUCGAGUAGGCUUUGUGCUCAUGUGGAGAGACUGUGCCAGUUCGGACAUUUCGCCCAAUUACGGAGGAAAGUUUCGACUACGACAUGUGUGAAAUCGCGACCACCGAUCAUCUCCCGGACGGACGGCGCGCAGCUCCUGCACUGCCAGAAUAAAACGAACACGCGGGACAGCAGGAUAGGUCUCGCGAGGGCAACGAGCACUAUGCAAACGCAGAUGCCUGGAUCUUUACACGAUUACCAAAUCGAUCCUUAUAGACUUGUGGAAGACGAGAUUAAGGAUAUGUUCGACGAUAUACGACUGGAACUCGCAAACCACACCGCGUACGAAGAGAUGCUAACUAUAAGCACAUACUACUUCGAUGGCCAGGGGAAAGCGAUUCGACCCAUGUUCACCAUGCUGAUGGCACGAGCUAUUAAUUAUCACAAUGGAAGGAACGUUCUCUUGCAGACGCAGCGACAAAUAGCGAUGAUCGCUGAGAUGAUCCACAGUGCUUCUUUAUUGCACGACGAUGUGAUCGAUCAGUCAGAUAUUCGUCGUGGCAAGCCGUCAGUUAAUGUCAUGUGGAGUCAAAAGAGAGUGGCUAUGGCAGGAAAUUACAUCUUGGCAGUCGCCUGCACGAUGCUGUCCAGAAUCCGAAAUGAUGACGUGACUAUUACGAUCAGUCAGAUUGUCUCUGACUUAGUGCAAGGCGAAUUUAUGCAGCUUGGUUCCAAAGAAACGGAAAACGAGAGGUUCGCGCACUAUCUCACGAAGACUUAUCGAAAAACAGCGAGUUUAAUUGCCAAUUGCGUGAAAGCGGUCGCUAUUCUUUCCGAAGUCGAUGACCGCACGAUAGAGAUGGCUUUCCAAUACGGCAGAAAUGUUGGCUUGGCUUUCCAAUUGGUAGAUGACCUUCUAGAUUUUGUGGCUUCUUCAUCAGCUAUGGGCAAGCCCACGGCUGCUGAUCUUAAACUCGGACUAGCCACAGCCCCAGUGCUCUUUGCUUGCGAACAGUAUCCAGAAUUAAAUGCAAUGAUCAUGCGUCGUUUCCAAGAGCCCGGAGACGUUGAGAAAGCUUUCGAUUUGGUGCACAAAUCCAACGGUCUCGAACAGACAAGAUUCUUGGCGAAGAAACACUGUGUGGAAGCCAACAAGAUUGCGCAGUCCUUCACUAAAAGUCCGUAUCAGAGAGCUCUGAUCCAUAUGACGGAUCUGGUCAUUAACCGCAUGAAAUAGCACCGCGAAGAACGAACAUUUAAAAAACGACAGAUUGAUUUUAUAAAUAUUUAUAAGUUAUACCGGGCGGGUACGGUUAGUAUGAUUCUCUUGAAUUAUGUAAAUCGAAGACAGGAUUCAAAUCGCAAGAAAGUUCAAUAUUAUACCACUAACUGAAAUUAUAUAUAUAUAUUAUAUAUAUAUAUAUAUUGUUAUAAAUAAUUUAAUGUUUGACGAUUUUUAUAAAACGUAAUUAAAUAAGGAAAUUGAUUUUCACACUAUAAUUCGUGGUGGUGUAAUAUUGAUAGCAUUAGCAUGUAUACAACGUAAAUACAGCGUAUUUACGUUGUCGCACUGCCGACUCUAAAUUCAUACCUCAUUUGAAGAAAAAAUGAAAAAAGCAAGUCCUUAUUCGGCUUUUUUCAGAGGACUUUAUCGAUAUACGAAAUUAAGUUGUCUAGAAAUAUGCAAACGUUGCAUUAUACAACAAAAGUGCCUAGGCAUUACGUUUACUUGACCUGUGCGUAAGGAAAAGAGCAUGCAUUACUGAUUUUACAAAUUGUUAGCCGAUUAUGUAAAUAAAAUAAUCUAGUAUUAUAUUAACGUAUUAGCAUUGAUAAUCCCUUCUAUAUCUUUUUUGUGCAUGCAUCUCUUUCAUCAUGAUACAAUUAUAUUGCUAUCCUAAAAUAAAACUAACGUACAAAGUCAAAUUACUUAAAAAAUCGAAUAAUAUCAUUGUAUCGUGAUACGCCAGGCAAAUUGCUUGCUAUAAUAAAUCUUCAUUAAUACUCUUUAGAGUCUUAAUGAAGAUUUAUUAUAACAUGGUUAAAAUAAAUUAAAAUAAAAAAAAUAUACAUAUAUAUAUAUAAUAAUACAGAAUUAAUGUUAUAAUAAGAUAUCUUCGUAUUUUAUCAUAAUCGAAGUCCUUAAAUAUAAUGAAUACAUAUUUUUGAUAAAGUGCUGCGUAAUUUUUAUUGCAGCAAAAUUGUAAAAAUAAACAAUAAGGAAUGCCAAUACUAAUUUUUAUCGACAGCCAAAUUUAAAGUUUCGCUAAAACCGCCGCAAAGAAUAUUUGCCAAAGAAGACAAGUUCGUCUUUCUUUUUUUCCGCCAGGAAGUUUAGCAAAAGUUAACUUUGGUCUUGUCGAUGUAAUCAAUAAGAAUUAUCUGCCUCUUUAAAUUUUAGACUGCAUGUCAUCGAAUUUCAUGAUGCGGAAAAAAAUAAAAGUUUCUUUUUUAUUUGGACAUUUUUGUUCAGUAAGAAUAGAAUCACUUUUGCCACAUUUUGCUUAAUAGCUAAACUGCUCAAAAUAUCAAUAUAUUACUGGAUAGAUAUAAGUAUAAAUAUCUAAUGUACAAUAAUUUAUAUUUAUGACGAGAAUGUAUAUAAUUGUUUAAAAUGUUACAGAAUAUAAUAGAACAUUAACUAAGAAGUAAGCAUGUAAUUAUAAUCAAAUGUAGAUUUACUUAUAAUAGGAUAUGACAAAGAAGGAAAUCGGGAUUGUGGAUCUCCUCUAUGUAUUUUGCAAUAUUUAUGUAAAUUUUAUGAGAAAUGCACAAAAGUUUUCAAAAUGUUUAUAUUCAAAGAGAAUACUCAAGAAAGACUUACAGUAAAACACAAGCUAUGGCGAGAAAGCAUACACUAACAGAUACAACUUAAGCAAAAUUAAGUAAUAUAUAUUCCAUAUAAUAUAAAUAUAACUUUAGUUUGGUUUUCUAACUGUUAGAUAUAUAUUCACUUUUUACAUGUUCGAAAAUUGGAAAGCGAUUAUUGGUACGUUUUUUGACAGUUAGAAAAUUAAUUUAAAGUUCAGCUUUAUCUUACGUAGAACGUACUAUAACAAUGCAAAAACUCCAAAGACAGCAGAUCCGCUAGAUUUAAAUGCUUUUGAAGCGUAUCUAUGACGUCUCUUUAAACGUAUUGUCUCGGUUUACAUAAAUUGUCAGUCUAGACAAAGUAGCGACAUAGGUUCGGAAAAAUGCGCUGCGCUAACUUAUGACUAUACCUGAAGAAAAUUCAUCAAUGCACCAUUUUAUAUAAGUGCCUCGUAUAUCAAUUAAAUUGAAUUAUUGCUGAUUCUUUAACAAAGUAUUAUCUUUUGAAGAUUUUAAAAUUUAUUAGUCUGUUCUUUUUCUCUUAUUUUUUUGAAUUUAUCUAUUAAUUAUAUUUGUGCAUCAGUAAAUUUGUUUGUAGAUUUCAAUAAUUUUUAUAGAAGCUUGAAAAAUGAUCUAAUGGUAAAAAAAAAAAUAACCUGAUUUGGAUCUGUAUUAAAAAAGAAUGUAUUAUUAAAAUUAUUAGAGAUUUUUAAACAUGUGUUCAUAGCAGAAACAUGGUACAAUAUUACUCUCACACUAUAAUUGUUAUAUUGUUGGUUGAUUAACUACUUUAUUAUAAAACUUUAGGCUUAAUGUAAGUUUAUUGUGUUGGGGAUCAUUAAAUUCGAAUAUAUAAGUUUUUUUUCAUAUAAAUAUGUGAAAUUAAAAUAUAACUUUUUAAACCUGCA